AUGAGCUUUACCCUCCACUCAGUUUUCUUCACCCUAAAGGUGAGCAUCUUUCUGGGCUCCCUGGUUGGGCUCUGCCUGGGUCUGGAGUUCAUGGGCCUCCCCAACCAGUGGGCUCGCUACCUACGCUGGGAUGCUAGCACUCGCAGUGACCUGAGCUUCCAAUUCAAGACCAACGUGUCCACCGGGCUGCUCCUGUAUUUGGAUGAUGGUGGUGUCUGUGACUUCCUCUGCCUCUCCCUGGUGGAUGGCCGAGUUCAGCUCCGCUUUAGCAUGGACUGCGCCGAGACCGCUGUGUUGUCCAACAAGCAGGUGAACGACAGCACCUGGCACUUUCUCAUGGUGAGCCGUGACCGCCUGCGCACUGGGCUGGUGAUUGACGGUGAGGGCCAGUCUGGGGCGCUACAGCCUCAGCGGCCCUACAUGGAUGUGGUCAGUGACUUGUUCCUCGGUGGCGUCCCUGCUGAUAUCCGACCUUCUGCCCUGACCCUCGAGGGAGUACAGAACAUGCCUGGCUUUAAGGGAUUAAUGCUGGAUCUCAAGUAUGGCAACUCAGAGCCUCGGCUUCUGGGGAGCCAGGGUGUCCAGUUAGAAGCUGAGGGUCCCUGUGGUGAGCGUCCCUGUGAAAAUGGUGGCAUCUGCUUCCUCCUGGAUGGCCAUCCCACCUGUGACUGUUCCACCACUGGCUACGGUGGCACACUCUGCUCAGAAGAUGUCAGUCAAGGUCCAGGCCUUUCCCACCUUAUGAUGAGUGAACAAGGUAGAAGUAAAGCUCGAGAGGAGAACGUGGCCACCUUCCGAGGCUCAGAGUAUCUGUGCUAUGACCUGUCUCAGAACCCCAUCCAGAGCAGCAGUGAUGAAAUCACCCUCUCCUUUAAGACCUGGCAACGCAACGGGCUCAUCCUGCAUACGGGCAAGUCGGCCGACUAUGUUAACCUAGCUCUGAAGGACGGUGCCGUCUCCUUGGUCAUUAACCUGGGCUCUGGGGCCUUUGAGGCUAUUGUAGAGCCAGUGAAUGGGAAAUUCAACGACAACGCCUGGCAUGAUGUCAAAGUGACACGCAAUCUCCGGCAGGUGACAAUCUCUGUGGAUGGUAUCCUUACCACGACGGGCUACACUCAAGAGGACUACACUAUGCUGGGCUCAGAUGACUUCUUCUAUGUUGGUGGAAGCCCAAGCACUGCAGACUUGCCAGGCUCACCUGUGAGCAACAACUUCAUGGGCUGCCUUAAAGAGGUUGUUUAUAAGAAUAAUGACAUCCGUCUAGAGCUGUCUCGCUUGGCUCGGAUUGGGGACACCAAGAUGAAAAUCUACGGUGAAGUUGUGUUCAAAUGUGAAAAUGUGGCCACAUUGGACCCCAUCAACUUUGAGACCCCAGAGGCUUACAUCAGCUUGCCCAAGUGGAACACCAAACGCAUGGGCUCCAUCUCCUUUGACUUUCGCACCACUGAGCCCAAUGGCCUGAUUCUCUUCACUCAUGGGAAGCCCCAAGAAAGAAAAGAUGUCCGGAGCCAAAAGAACACAAAAGUUGACUUCUUUGCUGUGGAACUUCUCGAUGGCAACCUGUAUUUGUUGCUUGACAUGGGCUCAGGUACCAUCAAAGUGAAGGCCACUCAGAAGAAAGCCAAUGAUGGGGAAUGGUACCACGUGGACAUUCAGCGUGAUGGCAGAUCAGGUACCAUAUCUGUGAACAGCAGGCGCACGCCAUUCACUGCCAGUGGUGAGAGUGAAAUCUUGGACCUGGAAGGAGACAUGUAUCUGGGCGGGCUGCCAGAGAACCGAGCUGGCCUCAUUCUCCCCACGGAACUCUGGACUGCCAUGCUCAACUAUGGCUAUGUGGGCUGCAUCCGUGACCUGUUCAUUGAUGGGCGCAGCAAGAACAUCCGGCAGCUGGCGGAGAUGCAGAACGCAGCAGGCGUCAAGUCCUCCUGUUCACGCAUGAGCGCCAAGCAGUGUGACAGCUACCCCUGCAAGAACAAUGCUGUGUGCAAGGACGGCUGGAACCGCUUCAUCUGUGACUGCACAGGCACUGGCUACUGGGGAAGAACCUGUGAGAGAGAGGCAUCCAUCCUGAGCUACGACGGCAGUAUGUACAUGAAGGUCAUCAUGCCUAUGGUGAUGCACACAGAAGCAGAGGAUGUGUCCUUCCGCUUCAUGUCACAACGAGCCUAUGGGCUGCUGGUAGCCACUACCUCCAAGGACUCUGCAGAUACACUUCGUCUAGAGUUGGAUGGUGGGCGUGUCAAGCUCAUGGUUAACUUAGACUGUAUCAGGAUAAACUGUAACUCCAGCAAAGGACCCGAGACCCUGUAUGCAGGGCAGAAGCUCAAUGACAAUGAGUGGCACACCGUCCGGGUAGUGCGGAGAGGAAAAAGCCUUAAGUUAACAGUGGAUGAUGACGUAGCUGAGGGUACAAUGGUGGGAGACCACACCCGCCUGGAGUUCCACAACAUUGAAACUGGUAUCAUGACCGAGAAGCGUUACAUCUCUGUGGUCCCUUCCAGUUUCAUUGGUCAUCUUCAGAGCCUCAUGUUCAAUGGCUUGCUCUAUAUUGAUUUGUGCAAAAAUGGGGACAUCGACUACUGUGAACUGAAGGCUCGUUUCGGACUGAGGAACAUCAUUGCUGACCCUGUCACUUUUAAGACCAAGAGCAGCUAUCUGACCCUUGCCACCCUCCAGGCCUACACCUCCAUGCACCUCUUUUUCCAGUUUAAGACCACUUCAGCUGAUGGCUUCAUUCUCUUCAAUAGUGGUGAUGGCAAUGAUUUUAUUGCAGUUGAGCUGGUCAAGGGGUACAUACACUAUGUGUUUGAUCUUGGCAAUGGUCCCAAUGUAAUCAAAGGCAACAGUGACCGCCCCCUAAAUGACAACCAGUGGCACAAUGUUGUCAUCACUCGGGACAACAGUAAUACCCACAGCCUGAAAGUGGAUACUAAGGUAGUCACUCAGGUCAUCAAUGGUGCCAAAAAUCUGGAUUUGAAAGGCGACCUCUACAUGGCUGGCUUAGCUCAGGGCAUGUACAGCAACCUUCCAAAGCUUGUGGCCUCCCGGGAUGGAUUUCAGGGCUGUCUGGCCUCUGUGGACUUGAAUGGGCGCCUGCCUGAUCUCAUCAAUGAUGCUCUCCACAAAAGCGGCCAGAUGGAGCGAGGCUGUGAAGGACCCAGUACAACCUGUCAGGAGGAUUCAUGUGCUAACCAAGGGGUUUGCAUGCAGCAGUGGGAAGGCUUCACCUGUGACUGCUCUAUGACAUCGUAUUCAGGAAACCAGUGCAAUGAUCCUGGUGCCACAUACAUCUUUGGAAAGAGCGGUGGCCUCAUCCUCUACACCUGGCCAGCGAAUGACAGACCCAGCACACGCUCGGACCGCCUGGCUGUGGGCUUCAGCACCACUGUGAAGGAUGGCAUCCUUGUACGCAUUGACAGUGCUCCAGGACUUGGUGACUUCCUCCAGCUUCACAUAGUGAGUACCUGCCGAGCCUGUUCUGGACUCUUUUGUCUUCCUGGUGAUCUGAGCUUUGAGUUAGAUAAGCACAGAACAUUCUACAUAAGUGUGACAUAG